AUGGAAAAGUCUUCAACUGCAGAAGUAAAACAAGGAGAUAUUUCGAAGAGAAUGCACGAUGGGAAUUCAGUAAUUCUUGAAAUUUGCAAUAAGCUUAAGCUUCCCAGACCUAUACGGGCCAUGUCUCAAGGCAUAUUCCAGAAAUGCAUCAACUUUGAUGUGAAUCUAAGAAGACUCUGCCAUACAUGUGUUUUUCUAAGUUCAAAGAUAGUAGAACACCCAAUAAGCCCGAGUCUAUUCAAAAGUGUUACAAAAAGUACCAUUGAUACUGAACUAGAGCUUAAAAUAGCAGAAGAGCUACAAUUCGAAUUCGAUAUUUUAGAUGUCUACGCCUUUGUGGAAAAUAUUGCUGCUAUGCUAAAAAUCGAAGGUUCACUGCCAGCGCGGAUGGGUGAACUCGAUAGCAUCUUUUCAGAUGGAAGGAUCACUUAUUUUUCGCCAUUUGGAGGAGAGCACGAACUUUCCUAUCUUGGCUUGUCUCUUUUUACAGAUAAGCAGUUAAAAAUCUUUGAAACAUUGAACUGUAUUGUAAUUGACAAGCAAAAGAUUAAAGAUAUAAGGCAGGCAGCUAUGAGCGUCCAAUGA